AUGGCCAUCUUCGGCAAGAAGAAGGACAAGGGCGACAAGGAGAACUCCUCCGCCGGUACGCAGUCUCCCUCCAUCGAUGGCACGCAGGGAGCAGUCGGCCCUAGGGCAGGCAGCGCAGGUCCUCGACAAGCCAGCAGAGAGGUCACGCCAGGCGCAGCUGGCAGUCUCAAUGGCCACAAUACCAGCGGAUCUCUCUCUGGCAUCGGCAUCUCAGGCAUUCCACAGCCAGGUAGCUACAUGGGCGGAGUUGGACAAGGAGGUCCUCCCGGCGCAGGCGGUUAUGCUGCGCAGCCUGGUCCCAAUGGCCCCGUAAGACAACCAGGAUCAACCGGAGUCAUGCCUGGAGCAGCAUCCGGAUUCAAGUUCGGCGGACCUCCGCAGCAGGGGCAGGCACCCAGCGGUAUCCCGCAGCCUGGCAGCGUACGCAGUCGCAAGAUUAGCCAAGAUGUCGGAGGUGGUGGGGAGCAGCAGGGUAGCUCAAUGGCGGGCGGCAUGGGUCCCGGCUCGACGAUGAUGUCACAGGGUGGUAGUCAGAGCGGUUUGCCUCCUUCCUCUACGGGCGGCCCGCCCAAUCUUGGUGGCAGCGGAAGCGGCGGCGAUCGAGGUCGUCAAAACGUAGUCUACCCCUGGAGCCAACGGUCCAUCACCAUGAAUCCGCCGCGCUACCUCGACGACUCGAGGCAAGGUCCGCCUGGCGCUGUCAGCCCCUCUCCCUUUCCCCGCUACGGUCACGCAGCCAACUCCGCCGCCAGUCCAAGCGGUGAGGUCUACCUGUUUGGCGGUCUUGUACGCGAGAGCGUCAAAAACGAUCUCUACACAGUUCACGUCGACAAAGUCUCACAGCCGGCGCCCAGCGCUACAUCGCCGACAUCCCCUGCUGCCAACAUCAACGGAGCCAGCGCGACUCUGGUGCAGACGACGGGCGAGAUCCCGCCGCCUCGAGUCGGGCAUGCUACCGUCCUCGUAUCCAAUGUCUUGAUUCUCUGGGGAGGAGAUACCAAGAUCCGCGCCGAUGACAAGCAGGACGAAGGGCUCUACCUUCUCAACUUGAGCACGCGGGAGUGGACUCGAGUAAAGUCAGACGACCCAAAUGCAGGCCCCGUCGGUCGCUAUGGUCACACCGUCUCCAUCGUCGGCUCGCGCUUCUACGUCUUUGGUGGACAAGUUGACGGUACGUUCAUGAACGACCUUUGGUCCUUUGACCUCAACAGUCUCAAGGGCACGCCGACUUGGGAGCAGCUUCGCCCGGCGACUGCAGACGUCCCACCUCGUCGUACUGGGCACGCUAGCGUGACUUACAAGGACAAAAUCUUCGUCUUCGGUGGGACGGACGGCCAGUAUCACUACAACGACACCUGGUGCUACGACGUGGCGACGAACACUUGGAAAGAGCUCUCCUGCAUCGGGUACAUCCCUGUCCCCCGAGAAGGACACGCAACCUGUCUCGUCGACGACGUCAUGUACAUCUUUGGCGGACGAGGUGUCGAUGGCCGCGACCUGGGCGACCUAGCCAGCUUCAAGAUCUCAAACCAGCGCUGGUACAUGUUUGCCAACAUGGGCCCCGCCCCGAGCGGCAGAUCGGGCCACGUUCUCACGACGUAUCAGAGUAAGGUCCUCGUCCUUGGCGGAGAGUCUUUCACCGGCGGUAAGCCGGAUGAUCCGUCCGUCGUCUACGUCCUCGACACAGCCAAGAUCAAGUAUCCGCCUGAUAACCGCGCAGCGACCGCAGGGAGGAAGACUUCGCUGCAGGGUGGGUCGAUGCCGCCUGGCGUGGGAUCGCAGCCCGUCUCGCCUUCUCAGUCGCAAGACCCGACAAGAGCUGUAUCCCCGCAGCAGCGAGCCAUGUCGCCCAUCCAACAGCAGCAGCAACAGCAGAACACGGCUCCAAACGGCCUUGUCAGCAUGAUGCAGUCGACGGAGUCUGCAAAGCCGUCGCCGCAGGAUGCGACUCGUGCCUUCUCUCCCACUCAACAGCAGCCUCAGCUUCAGCAGCAGCCCCAGUCCGGCUCGAUGCGGAUGGCAGGUGGUCCACCCCCGCCCAGUCAAUUCCAGUCGACUGGUCAGAGGAUCGUCUCGCCGACUGGAGCACCGGCGCCCUACAACGGUCCCCGUAGCCAAAGAUCCAUAGAGAACAUGCGCAAUCAAGGCGCCAUAUCUCCGACCUCUGCUUUUGCGCCCCGCUCCAUCAAUGGCACCAUGGACCGCAGCGCUUCGCCCUCCAGCAGCGGCGUGCAGGAUGGUUUCCACUACGGACGAGGCUCCGACGUAGCGAGCAAUGGGUACGUGCCACCGCGAGGAGAGCUCGAGGCCAUGAGGAAGCGCGAAGCCUGGAUGAAGGCAGCAUUGGUCUUGGCGAACAAGAAGGGCUUCAUUGCACCUGACGAGCUUGAGAUGCCAGAUGGCACGAGCGCCUCUGCCCGGGACUCGCAGCUUGAUCUCGAGGCUUUGGACACGGGCGCAGACGGCAGCGACAAGGACAAGGUGCUGCGUGCUCUCAUUGGCCUCAAGUCACAGCUCUCAGCGGCCAAGGCGACCAUCGCCCAGCAAAAUCAGAGCGAGUCGGAUCGCGUAUCAGAGGCGGACCGUGGUCGUCUUGCAGCUUUGCAGGAGGCUGCCUUCUUCCGUGCCAAGCUCUACGCCCUCGAGAAGGGCGAAGUCGGUGAGGCGACACGCCUGGACCGCGAGCGUGCUGCUCACUCGGAGCGACAGCUGUCAGACGCGCUGCGCGAGUCGGCAGAGCUCGAGCGCCAGAUUCAGUCGAUGCGCGAGGAUCUUAAGCUGGAGCAGAACCUGCGGUCGAGUGCGGAGGAGAGACUGUCUGAUACGGCAAAGCGCGCCAUGUCGGCUGAGGCGGCGCAGAUGAGGGCGUACGACGAGCUGGCAAUGCUGCAGAAGCGAUCGUACGGGCAGGAGACUCAGCUUAGGGAGCACCAGGAGCAGAAUGCCCAGCUCGCUUCGUUGGUGGCGAGACAUCGUAGCGAUCACGAGACGGCGAGAGGUCAGCUGGACGAGGCUACCUCAUCGCUGCGCCAGCACGCCCUUAGCUUCACGCAGCUCCAAGCUGCAUUGCAAGCGGCCGAGACCAGAGCUAAGGAGCACGAGCGCCUGCACUUCCAGCAUCGCGACGUCUCCACACAGCACCAGGAUACCAUCAACCGUCUCCGCUCGGCCCUCGACGCCAAGACAGCCGAAGCCGAUAACCACGCAGCGCGCGUUGCGGACCUGGAGUCAUUGGCGAACACCCACAAGAGCGAAGCAGAGGCUCACCGCGGCGCCCUCAAUGGGCACUUGACUCAGCUCAUCGCCAUGCAGCAACGCAGUGUCUCUCGCGGCCCAUCAAGCGAGGUGCCUGAGCAUAUCCAAGACAAGAUGGCUGCCCUCGAGACAGAAGCAGAGCAGCUGCGCCAGCUCCAUUCUCAAUCCCGCAGUGCUGCGGACACCGCUUCCUCUGCCUUGCAGGACCUGCGGGAUCGCAACCUCGCUCUGGAGAAGCAACACUCCGGCUUGCGUACAGAGCUCUCUGCCAUGCGAUCGCAGCUGGCCAUUGCCCUGCAGGAGGUGGCGCGCCUCAAGGACCAAGGGUCGAGCAAGGACGUGGAGGUGCGAGACCGUGCUCGCGCUCUCGAAGCUGCGCAGCUCAGGGACAGCCUGCUUCGUCAGUACAUCGCCGACCGUGGGCUGGACGUACCUGGCGACGAGCAACUCAGCGCCAAAGGCGGUUUUGCAGACAAGCGCAUCCGCGAGCUCGAGUCCGAGGUGGAUGCCAAGGCCAAGGAGGCGCAAGAAUCGCAACAGCGCCUCCGCGAAGCCACAUCUCGCAUCGACGAGCUCAGCCGCAGUGGCAUCUCUGGCAGCGGUGGCAACGACGAAGAGCUGGAGCGCCGUGCAGAGCUGGCUGAGCGUGAGCUGGCAGACGCGACCUCUUCGUACAGGGAGCGCAUGUCCCAGCUGGAGAGCGACUACCAGACCGCUGUGCAAUUCGUCAAGGGCUCGGAGAAGAUGCUCCGCAGGAUGAAGGACGAGCUGACCAAGUACAAGACGGAGAAUGCAAGCUUGCAGAGCGAGCUUGCCACGACGCGCAGUGGAGCUGGCGCUUCUUCCUCAAACAUGGACGGCACGACCGGCUCAUCGGCGGGCGGGUCACACGAAGAAGCAGCAAAAGAUAUCGAAGCUCUUCGCACACGCUUGGUAGACGUAUCACAGCAAGCGGAGGAGACUGCGGCCGAGAAUCGAGACUUGGAGCGCAAGCUUGCCGCGCUGAUCGCCGAGCAGAAGGACUUCCAUGAUCGCUCAAGGCAGAGGGAAGACCACCAAAUCGACCACUCGAGACGAGCUGCUGAACUGGAGGGCGAGGUUUCCAGGCUGAGGAAGGAGGUGCAUGAGAUGCUUGCACUCAACCAGCACUUGAGCUCCGAGCUUAAGGCGGCAGGAUCGUCCACGACUGGCGUCAACGGCUCUGGAGCGGGCAGCGCGAGAGAUUUGGCUGGCCUUGGCGGCGCAGGAGGAGCGAAUGACUACUCGUCGCUCACAUCGCACAAUGAGCAGCUCCGCAGCGAGAAUGAGGGUCUGGCUCGUCGCCUCCAGGAGACGGAGGACAAGCUUGGUCUCCUUCUCGGUCGCAUCGAGUCAUCAGUUGAUGAGGACGAUCUGCGCGGCGGUCCCCAACAUAGCGGUAUGGAUGGAGCGGCAGGCACAGCCGGUGCGGCUGGCACUCCUUCCAUGAACUCAUCAGCGCACGAUGGCAGCAUUGCGACCAGCGGUGGCGGGAACGGGCAGCGCUUCAGUAUCACGUCGGAGCUGGAGCGAUGGGAGAAGGAUCAACAGCAGGCACAAGCAGGAGUUGGGCGGGGUUCGGUUGAUGGGUACGGGGUGCCGUAG